AGCGCUCAUUUGGUAAGCCGGCGGGGAAGACAGAUUAGACUAAUUUCAUGUACGGCCUUGUUGUCCGUGUGCGGCUGUGCACUACGUUGUUCAUUGUGUUGACAGUUGAAAAACGUUUGACGCGAACGAAUGGCUAAAGCAAUCGGUGCGAAAGUCAGUGUAGUUGGAGGCAGAUUUUCACUUUUUAAAAAUUAAAUUAAAAACAUUUUUAUAUAAAAAAUCAAUUCGCAGUGAGAGAGACUAUUAAAAGUAGUGAAUUUGAAAUAUCCUGUAUUUAUUGUGUACGACAGUGAUGGACCUUUUGGUGAUGUUGAGGAAUUUUUGCCUCCUUAUGCUAAUCCAGGUGUAAAAACCGUUUCCACGGCGGUUUAUUGUGAUGAAUCUGCUGUUCUGCAUCGAAGAAAUGAUUUGUGUUGUUGCAAAUCAUAACCUCAAUUGCACUUCUUUGUGAAUACGUCGAUUCGUCGUCAAACCCCUGUGCGACGUCUAUAACUGAAGUAAAGUUUAUUCUUUAUAUAUGAUUCAACGCGAGUAUCAAAUGAACAACGGGUUUAGUACAGGAGAAGAAGAUUCUCGAGGCAAUUCCGACCAAAUAUGUUGCCUUGUGGAUGAUAGUGAUCGGUGCAGGCGAUCCGCUGGCAACGCUGCGUACAGCAAACGCAUCCAGAAGACGGUCACCCAGCGUCGGCUCAAGCUGAGCAUUGACCCCCAGGCCAGGCAUACAUACAUUUGUGACUAUCACAAAAACAUGAUACAGUGUGCAAGAACGAAGCAGAGAAGGCCUAAGGACUCUGAGGAUGACAGUAACGAGGCAGAGAUGGAUUCGCCAGAGGUUGACUGGUUCUCAUUGCAAGUGAACACCCUAAGGCGUUACAAGAGGCAUUACAAGGUGCCUACACGGCCCGGCUUCAACAAGGCUCAAUUAGCAGAUGCUAUACAGAAACACUUCAAGUCAUUGCCAGUAAAUGAGAAGGAGAUUAUGACAUAUUUCAUUUAUAUGGUAAAGACAAACGGCAACAAGCUGGACCAGAAGAAUGGAAUCAACUCUGAUUCUGUAUAGAGACUGUGGUAAAACUUAUUUUAGAAGACAUAGACUUAAUUAGAUUAUUUUAGGUACCUAUUCUUACUCUAUUUCUCUUCUUAAAUUAUCAGUAUCACAUGGUUACUUGGGAGUUGUCAUUAAAUAUGAUAAAUCCUGUAUUAUUUAUUGCAUAAUAAUUUGUAUUAAAGAGUUUAAAAUAUUAAACUCGUAUGCUUCACUACAAUUACU